AUGCUACGGGAUGGAAAUGAGGGAAUGUCUACAAUACCUGGAUUUAGUCAGAUACAAUUUGAAGGAUUUUGUAGGUUCGUUGAUCAGGGCUUGGCAGAAGAACUUCAUAAGUUUCCAAAAAUUGAAGAUACAGAUCAAGAAAUUGAAUUUCAAUUACUUGUGGAAACAUAUCAAUUGGCGGAACCCUUGAUAAAAGAAAGAGAUGCUGUGUAUGAAUCACUCACACAUUCCUCUGAAUUAUAUGUACCCGCGGGGUUAAUUUGGAAAGUUGGUAGAGAUAUGCAAGAACAAACCGUGUUUAUUGGAAACAUUCCUCUAAUGAAUUCUCUGGGAACCUUUAUAGUAAAUGGAAUAUACAGAAUUGUGAUCAAUCAAAUAUUGCAAAGCCCCGGUAUUUAUUACAGUUCAGAAUUGGACCAUAACGGGAUUUCUGUUUAUACCGGCACCAUAAUAUCAGAUCGGGGAGGAAGAUCAGAAUUAGAGAUUGAUAGAAAAGCAAGGAUAUGGGCCCGUGUGAGCAGGAAACAAAAAAUUUCUAUUCUAGUUCUACCAUCAGCUAUGGGUUCGAAUCUAAGAGAAAUUCUAGACAAUGUUUGCUACCCCGAAAUUUUAUUGUAUUUCCCGAAUGAGAAAGAGAAAAAGAAAAUUGGGUCGAAGGAAAAUGCUAUUUUGGAGUUUUAUCAACAAUUUUCUUGUGUAGGCGGGGAUCCGGUAUUUUCUGAGUCCCUCUGUAAGGAAUUACAAAAGAGAUUUUUUCAACAAAGAUGUGAAUUAGGAAGGAUUGGUCGACAAAAUAUGAACCAGAGAUUGAAUAUUGAUAUACCCCAGAACAAUACAUUUUUAUUACCACGAGACGUAUUGGCUGCUACAGAUCAUUUGAUCGGAAUGAAAUUUGGAAUGGGUACACUUGACGAUAUGAAUCACUUGAAAAAUAAACGUAUUCGUUCUGUAGCAGAUCUGUUACAGGAUCAAUUCGGAUUGGCUCUGGUUCGUUUGGAAAAUGUGGUUCGAGGAACUAUAUGUGGAGCAAUCAGGCAUAAAUUUAUACCGACUCCUCAAAACUUGGUAACUUCAACUCCAUUAACAACCACUUAUGAAUCGUUUUUCGGUCUACACCCUUUAUCUCAAGUUUUGGAUCGAACUAAUCCAUUGACACAGAUAGUUCAUGGGCGAAAAUCAAGCUAUUUGGGUCCCGGAGGAUUAACAGGGCGAACUGCUAGUUUUCGCAUACGAGAUAUCCAUCCUAGUCACUAUGGACGUAUUUGCCCAAUUGACACGUCCGAAGGAAUCAAUGUUGGACUUAUCGGAUCCUUAGCUAUUCAUGCAAGGAUCGGCGAUUGGGGAUCUAUACGAAGUCCGUUUUAUGAAAUAUCUGAGAGAUCAAAAGAGGAACAGAUGGUUUAUUUAUCACCAAGGAGAGAUGAAUACUAUAUGGUAAUGGUAGCAGCAGGAAAUUCUUUGGCCUUGAAUCAGGAUAUUCAAGACGAACAGGUCGUUCCAGCCCGAUACCGUCAAGAAUUCGUGACUAUUGCAUGGGAACAUAUUGAUCUUCGAAGCAUUUAUCCCCUCCAAUAUUUUUCUAUUGGAGCUUCCCUCAUUCCGUUUAUCGAACACAAUGAUGCGAAUCGAGCUUUAAUGAGUUCUAAUAUGCAGCGUCAAGCAGUUCCGCUUUCUCGGUCCGAGAAAUGCAUUGUUGGAACUGGGUUGGAGCGCCAAGCGGCUUUAGAUUCGGGGGGUUCAGCUAUAGCCCAACACGAGGGAAAGGUCAUUUAUACCGAUACUGAAAAGAUCCUUUUAUCAGGGAAUGGAGACACUAUAAGCAUUCCAUUGCUUAUGUAUCAGCGUUCCAACAAAAAUACUUGUAUGCAUCAAAAACCUCAGGUUCAUCGGGAUAAAUAUGUUAAAAAGGGACAAGUCUUGGCGGAUGGUGCGGCUACAGUUGGUGGGGAACUCGCUUUGGGAAAAAACGUAUUAGUAGCUCAUAUGCCAUGGGAAGGCUACAAUUUUGAAGAUGCAGUACUAAUUAGCGAACGUCUGGUAUAUGGAGAUAUUUAUACUUCGUUUCACAUCCGGAAAUAUGAGAUUCAGACUCAUGUGACAAGCCACGGCCCUGAAAAGAUCACUAACGAAAUACCUCAUUUAGAAGCUCAUUUGCUCCGUAAUUUAGACAGAAAUGGAAUUGUGAUGCUCGGAUCUUGGGUGGAAACGGGUGAUGUUUUAGUAGGUAAAUUGACGCCUCAGACAGCGAAAGAAUCAUCGUAUGCCCCGGAAGAUAGAUUAUUACGAGUCAUACUUGGAAUUCAAGUAUCCACUGCAAAGGAAACUUGUCUAAAACUACCUAUAGGUGGAAGAGGUCGAGUUAUUGAUGUGAGAUGGAUCCAGAAAAAAGGGGCUUCCAGUUAUAAUCCAGAAAAAAUUCGUGUAUAUAUUUCACAGAAACGUGAAAUCAAAGUGGGUGAUAAAGUCGCCGGAAGACAUGGCAAUAAGGGUAUCAUUUCCAAAAUUUUGCCUAGACAAGAUAUGCCUUAUUUGCAAGAUGGAACACCAGUUGAUAUGGUCUUCAACCCAUUAGGAGUACCUUCACGAAUGAAUGUGGGACAGAUCUUUGAAUGCUCGCUGGGGUUAGCGGGAGAUCUGCUGGACAGACAUUAUAGAAUAACACCCUUUGAUGAGAGAUAUGAGCAAGAGGCUUCGAGAAAACUAGUGUUUCCUGAAUUAUAUGAAGCCAGUAAGCGAACAGCAAAUCCAUGGGUAUUUGAACCCGAGUAUCCUGGAAAAAGCAGAAUAUUUGAUGGAAGAACAGGAGAUCCUUUUGAACAACCUGUUAUAAUAGGAAAGUCCUAUAUGCUGAAAUUAAUUCAUCAAGUAGAUGAUAAAAUCCAUGGACGUUCCAGUGGACAUUAUGCACUUGUUACACAACAACCCCUUAGAGGAAGGGCCAAGCAAGGGGGACAACGAGUAGGAGAAAUGGAAGUCUGGGCUCUAGAGGGAUUUGGUGUUGCUCAUAUUUUACAAGAGAUGCUUACUUAUAAAUCCGACCAUAUUAGAGCUCGUCAGGAACUACUUGGUACCACGAUCGUUGGAGGAACAAUACCUAAGCCUGAGGGUGCUCCAGAAUCUUUUCGAUUGCUCGUUCGAGAACUACGAUCUUUGGCUCUGGAACUGAAGCAUUUCCUUGUAUCUGAGAAGAACUUCCAGAUUAAUAGGAAGGAAGCUUGA